GAGAGAUCACGCCAGGGAGGAAAACGAAGAGAGCCUGCGCGACCGAGUCACCAACGACUCAGCUGGUGCGGAGGCUCCGUGUAUUGACCGAAUUAUCCUCCAGAAGUUGGAACUGAUUCAGAAGGGGACGACAGUGUGGAGAAGCUGAUGUACCGUGGGACUUGGGACGUAUCAUUCAAUGACGCUUCUCUGAAAUGUUGAGCUACUUUCCUCAGGUGAGUCAUGAAGUUCCAAACACAAGUUCCCAGUAGCUCUCGGAAGACCACGGGUUCGUACGCUAUGGCCGGCGAGACAGGUUCUUCUUCUGGUGACAGCAAUGCAGUAUUUUCGGGUGGACAGGUUCCAGAGAGUCCGGUUCCGAGGUCGACAUGUCAUUCCAGAGGAAAUCAGGAAUUCAUUGAGGAGCUCAGAACCAAAGCCGACGAGCUCGAUAGGCUUUUUGCCGAGCAGAAGCUUCGGAUGUCCGACGAUCAGUUCGUUUCCAGACGGAGGAGUACAGAUUCCAAUAGCCACGUGAUUCCUGCUCGAGUUCAGGAGAAGCAAAUCAUGACCGAGUCGAUGAGGAGUUCUAGCGGCGGGACAAGGUUUGGCGCCUCCCCAUCUCUGAAGAUGGUAGGUGAUCGGGAGGACUAUGCCAGUACUUAUAGGCAAGAUAUGUCGGCUAAUCUGAGGGGGGAAUUCUAUGACGAGUACAUGGGGAGACGGGACACGAAACUGAGACAAGAAGGGGGAUACAAAAGGGCACUGAAGGAGGCGAGGUUGAAGGACAUGCAGGCCGACCUUGAAAUGAAUAUUUCAGAGUUGAAAGCCAGAUUUUCUGGGCCGGUCGAAGGACCGGAUUCAAAUUCUGGCAUGCGGUCGCGUAUUGAGAAGCUGCGAUCAUUCAAUAUUCGGUUGACCACGAGAAUGGAUGAGCAUACGAGAGCAUUAUUCCCUGGCGAAGCAGAGAAUUAUCCGGAUGGGCAGAACGAAGCUUCUCCUGGAGAAAAUUCUUCCAGGGGCUCUGCAACCAAGAAGCAUUUUUCACCUAUUCAAGAUCAGUCUUCCUCAAAACCUCAGACAACCACAGUGCCUGUCCCUCGGCCUUCCUUAAAACCAGCCAACUCCAUUUCUGGAAGGCGAAGGCCGCAAUCCGAAAGCACUCUUGUGCGGUCACUUCCUGUCGUUCCCAAUUUCUCCAAUAUGAAGAAAGAGAACAAAAAACCUGCUCCAGGACUCGGUCGAACAGCGCCCCGCCCCCGAGACAGGAGCUUCCCCAGAAGCAAAAGCACAGGAGAAGAGAAAAAAGUAUAUUGUGCACAGGAAAAGAAGACACGGGAAUCUCAGGCGACGAGGAAAAACUCUUCCAGUCCAUUAGAGUCCAAGAAUUUGUCUGCUUGGAACUCCAAUGGGGCCAUCUUGGAGUCGGUGAGAUUCGAUGAAGAAUGCAUUCGUCCCGGUCUAAAUGAGGGACUUGUCAAAAGUGCUGAUUCGGAGGCGGCCUUCCCUAGUAACAGCGGUAAUUCGGAAUAUGACGAUGAUUUUGGCGCUUUAGCAUCGGAGACUGCUGACAUGGCUAACAAAACUGAAGAUGAAGAGAUCAAAAACCAAGAAGGCAGAUAUCAUGCCACCGUAGAUGAUGGAUUUUCAGGAUCUCCCCAUGGCGACUCAAUAGGAUCUCAUUCCGAUUUCAUGUCCGUUUCGAUGCUGCCAAGGUAUUCCCAACAUGACUUAUCAGAAAUUGAUGCUUCUGUUGAUUCCUCAGUUGGAAGCCCCGUAUCCUGGUGGCCUCAACCAAUAGUCCAUGCGGAGACUGGUCUUGCUCGAACAAGAAAGAAGUGGGGGAAUGCCCUGCAACCCAAUCUCGCCGGUGAUUCUUGCCAGAAUGAAUCUUCCAAGGAUGCGAAGAAAGGUUUUUGGUUGCUGAAGUUCGGAAGAAGUCAUGUGGCGGAGAGCUCGGCCAAUAGGGUAUCUGCAUUGACAUCGGAUGGAGAUAACGCUAUUGAAGACAGGUGUGGUCCUUCUCCCAAGAGAUCACUCGAACACUUGAGGCAGCCUGUUACAGGUUUUCCGCCGGAUCAUUCUUGCAGUGUUAGCUUUAGUGCAAGCAAUUUGUACCAGGAACAAGUUCAAGCCCUAAAGAUCUCUAGCCCAGCCCCACCAGAAGAAUUCAAGCUGAAAGAUGAUCCCCAAUCACUGUCAGGAAGCUCUCUCAAAGCACCACGGUCGUUUUUCUCACUUCCGUCUUUCCGAAGCAAGGGAAGAGACUUGAAGGUUUACCACUGAGUCACUGAACUCCUAAUGAGAGGAUUCUGAUUUUUCCCUUUUCACCGGUUCGGAGUCAAGGAGGAAUGCUUGCUAGAUGCAGGUGUUUAGCGAGGCAUGCUUUAAGAAGUUGAAUAUGCUGUAUGUUGUGUUGAAGUUCUCACACGGCACGGCACCAAAUCUGAUCUUGGUAUUGUAUAGGACGUAUUUAUUCCGUAUGUGAAGUAUGUAUCAGAAAAUGGAACUGUUCUGUUAUCGAUUAGUAGGAGUUCGGCAAGUGAAUAUGGAUGAUGUGAUUACAUUACAAGCAAGUGCUGUAUUUUUUGCAUAUCAUUUGCUCAACUUGCUUCCCUCUGCUGUAUCACGAGACUCACCAGUGGCCCGGAAAC